AUGCUCGAAAAGGCCGUCGACGCGACGAAAACGUCGGCGCUGCGGCCCCUCGUGUUGGCGACGCGCGACGCGGGCGACGGCGGCUUCGGCAACAUCCUCGGCCCGCGCGACGACACCGCGGCGGACGACCGGCAGACGCGCUGGGACGUCUUCCUCGAUCCCGAGGACGCGACCGUCGCGGCGGUCGUUGGCGAAUUAUUGAACGGACCCGUCGGCGACGCCUUCGAGGAGCUCUGCGGCGGUCUGGACGCGCCGCUGCGGGAAUGCGCGGCGAUCGUCGCGGAGCCCGGCGCGGCGCCGCAACCGGUGCACGCCGACACGCAGUGGACCGACGAGCCCGUGCUGUUCACCUGCUUUGUGGCCUUGCAGGACAUCCCCCCGGAGCUCGGGCCGACGCGGUUUUUACCGGGCACGGCGACAAGGGAAAAGCACGACGCGAUGGACGCGGCGCUCGUCGAUCCCGUGAGCCCGGAGCGCGCGAUCACGUCGUACUGCGCCGGGCAGCCGAGUUUGCUGGCGCUGUUGGAGGAGGGCGACGCGUCGUUGUACGAUUCGCGGCUGCACCACGCGGGCGGGCCCUGUUUCGAGGCGACCCGGUGCUUGUUCUACGUGUCCUUCGGCCACGCCGCGAACGAGAACUACCCCGAACCGCCGCAGCGGAGCUUGGGGAAGGCGAUGAAGCUCGCCAUCCUCGCCCUCGCCCUCUCCGUGGCCGACGCCUUCGUGGCGCCCGGCGCCGCCCGCGCCGGCCGCAUGGUCGAGCUCGACGCCAAGAAGUCCGUCGCCGACAUGUCGGAGGCGGACCUCAAGGGCAAGAAGGUGCUCAUCCGCUGCGACCUCAACGUGCCGCUCAAGGACGGCGUCAUCGGCGACGACACGCGCAUCCGCGCGUCCGUGCCCACGGUCAAGUACCUCCUCGAGAAGGGCGCGUCCGUCGCCAUGUGCUCGCACCUCGGCCGCCCCAAGGACGGCCCCGAGGACAAGUUCUCGCUCGGCCCCGUGUCGGCGCGCAUGGCCGAGUGCCUCGGCAAGGACGUGAAGAUGGCCCCCGACUGCAUCGGCGACGAGGUCGCCGCCAUGGUCGGCUCCCUCGGCGAGGGCGAGGCCAUGCUCCUCGAGAACACGCGCUUCUACAAGGAGGAGGAGAAGAACGAGGCGGCCUUCGUCGAGAAGCUCGCGGCGCCCUUCGACCUCUUCGUCAACGACGCCUUCGGCACGGCCCACCGCGCGCACGCGUCCACCGAGGGCGUGACCAAGUUCCUCUCGCCCUCCGUGUCGGGCUACCUCCUCGCCAAGGAGCUCAAGUACCUCGCGGGCGCCGUCGACGAGCCCGUGCGCCCCCUUGCCGCCAUCGUCGGCGGCUCCAAGGUGUCCUCGAAGAUCACGGUCCUCGAGUCCCUCAUCAACAAGUGCGACAAGGUCAUCAUCGGCGGCGGCAUGACCUUCACGUUCCUCAAGGCCAUGGGCAAGCCCGUUGGCUCGUCCCUCGUCGAGGACGACUUCCUCGACACGGCCAAGGCCGCCAUGAAGCUCGCGGAGGAGAAGGGCUGCGAGCUCAUCUUCCCCUCGGAGAUCCUCGUCGCCGACAAGUUCGACGCCGAGGCCAACACGCAGGUCGUCGACCAGGACUCCAUCCCCGACGGCUGGAUGGGCCUCGACAACGGCCCCAAGGCGACGAAGGAGAUCCAGGAGAAGCUCGCGGACUGCAAGACCGUCAUCUGGAACGGCCCCAUGGGCGUCUUCGAGAUCGACGCGUUCGCCAAGGGCACGUUCGCCAUCUGCGACACGCUCGCGGAGCUCACGGAGAAGGGCUGCGUCACCAUCAUCGGCGGCGGCGACUCCGUCGCGGCCGUCGAGAAGGCGGGCCUCGCGGACAAGAUGUCCCACAUCUCCACGGGCGGCGGCGCGUCGCUCGAGCUCCUCGAGGGCAAGCAGCCGAACGCGCCGCGGCCCGUCGACGCGACUGCCGAGGCGUCGGCGACGGCCUUCGCGGCGGAGGCGGCGACGGGCCGCCUCUUUCCCCGAUUCAGCGCCGAGGUCGCCGCCAAGAUCCUCGGCUUCGUCGGCUGGCGCGGCCUCUUCCGCCUCGAGCGGACGGGCCGGCGCGGCGCGCGCUGGGCCGCCGCCGGCUACGCCUUCGCCGUGCCCGGCCUGCGCGCGGCCGCGGGCGUCGCGCCGCGCGCCGCGGUCCGGGCGGCGCUCGCGGUCCGCGCCGACCACGCGCUCCGCCGCUUCGCGGGCGACGGCGUCGUCUGCGACUUCCCGCGGCUCGAGGACAUGUCGCGCGAGAGCGGGUCGCUCUGGCGGAACCUGCUGUCGCGCCUGCGCUACGUGGCCUGCGCCGCGCGGACCGCGCCGGCCGCGCCGGCGCUCUUCGUCGUCGAGAUCCUCGCGCAGGACUGGCGCGACAGCCCCGCGGACCCGGACCACGUCGUCGCGUCGUCGGCGGCGCGCGUGCUCGGGGCCUGGGCCACGGACGCGUUUGAUGACGACAAGUCCUUCAUCGCCGGCACGCCGGGGGCCUACUACUGGGGCCGGCUCCACGUCGCGACGGACGGCUGCGCGCCCGUGUCGCGGAGCGCGUUGUGGGGCUCGUACCUCGACCUCUUCGCGCGGGUCUGGGCCUGGUCGCCCUGCGGCGCCGUCGCCGUCGUCGCCGUCCGCCGCCUCGGCCUCCCGGGCGGCCCCGCGUCCCGCGACGCGUUCGUGCCCAUGCACCCGCUCCCGGACGCGGACCGCCCGCCCGACGACGCCGAGUGGCCCGUCGUCGCGCACGUGGCCUCCACCUUCGCCGACGACGGCGACGCCAUGCGCGUCGCGUCCCUGACCUUCGCCUUCACGGGCUGCCGGCGCGGCGGCGCCGACGACCAGGCCUUCCUCGGGGACAAGCUCGCCAGGGUCGCCAUCUGGACGCCCGCGUUCGCGGGGGGGUCGUAA